AUGGAUAGGAAGAGGGAUUUGCUUAUGGUAUUUAUUGACCUAGAGAAGGUGUAUGACAAGGUCCCUAGGGACGUCCUUUGGAGGUGUCUGGAGGUGAAAGGUGUGUCAGUGGCUUACAUUAGGGCGAUAAAGGAUAUGUAUGAUGGAGCUAUGACUCGGGUUAGGAUCGUGGGAGGUGACUCAGAGCCUUUUUCGGUUGUUAUUGGGUUACACCAAGGAUCUGCGCUCAGCCCACUCUUAUUUGCUCUGGCUCUGGACGCACUGACAUACCAUAUCCAAGGAGAAGUGUCAUGGUGUAUAUUGUUCGCUGAUGAUAUAGUUCUGAUUGAUGAGAUACCAGACAACAUUAAUAGGAGAUUGGAGGUAUGGAGGCAAGCCCUGGAAUCUAAAGAUUUCAAGUUGAGUAGGACUAAGACGGAAUAUGUGGAAUGUAAGUUCAGCGACGUGAUGGGGGAAGUGGAUGUGGAAGUCAGGCUUGACUCACAGGUCAUCCUCAAGAGAGAAAGUUUUAAGUACUCAGGGUCAAUUAUCCAGGGAGAUGGGGAGAUCGAUGAGGAUAUUACGCGUCGUAUUAGGGUGGGGUGGAUGAAAUGGAGGUUAGCGUCUGGAGUCCUGUAUGACAAGAAUGUGCCACUAAAACUCAAAGGUAACUUCCAUAGCGCGGUGGUUAGACCGACCAUAUUGUAUGGAGCUGAGUGUUGGUACGAGAAGAGGCAGAGGGUGGUCUAA